AUGGCCAUCGCGCGUCCUGUCAGGAUGCUCGGCCUGUUGGCCGCCGUGCUUUGGUGCUUCUUGCUAUACCAGCUAUUCAAGCCCACCGCCUCCAUUUACGGGCCCGCCGGCAGAUAUGCCAACUUUGAGCGCGACCCCAAUCUGGAUCCAACCGGCGAACCGGAGGGUAUCCUCGUUCGCACCUCUUCCAAGUACGCACCCGAUGCCAAGAAGACCGACCGCAUACCUGCGACGCUGCUAGCUCUCGUGCGAAAUGGCGAAGUAGACGACAUGGUCGCUUCCAUGGUCGAUCUCGAGCGAACAUGGAAUCACAAGUUCAACUACCCCUGGACCUUUUUCAACGACGAGCCCUUUUCAGAAGAUUUCAAGAAGAAGACGAGCGCAGCUACCAAAGCCAAGUGCAACUAUGAGCUGAUCCCCAAGGAACACUGGGCCGUGCCGUCCUGGAUCGACAAGGACAUGUUUGACGCCUCUGCUACGGUCCUCGAGAAGAAUGGCGUGCAAUAUGCCAGGAUGAUGUCGUACCACCAAAUGUGUCGCUGGAACAGCGGCAUGUUCUACAAGCAUCCUGCUCUCAAGGAUGUCCGCUACUACUGGCGUGUCGAGCCCAAGGUUCACUUCUUCUGCGAUGUCGACUAUGACGUCUUCCGCUACAUGCAUGACAACAACAAGACAUACGGCUUCACCAUUACCCUCUACGAUGACCCGAAUACGCUUCCCACGCUCUGGCCCGAAACCGCCAAGUUUCUCGCAGACCACCCCACAUACCUCAAGGAGAACAACGCUGUGAAGUGGGUGACAGACAGCGAGCGCCGACCCGAGCACAACUAUAAUGCCCAAGGCUUCUCGACCUGCCAUUUUUGGACCAAUUUCGAAGUCGCCGACAUGGAGUUUUGGCGCAGCCAGGUCUACGACGACUACUUCAACCACCUCGACAAGGCUGGCGGCUUCUUCUACGAACGUUGGGGCGAUGCCCCUGUUCACAGCAUUGCCGUUGGUCUUUUCGAAGACAAGAGCAAAGUCCACUGGUUCCGUGAUAUCGGAUACCAGCACAUUCCCUUUUUCAACUGCCCCAACUCGCCCAAGUGCAAGGGGUGUGUGACUGGACGCUUAACAGACGGAGAGCCAUUCCUUCACCGUGAAGAUUGUCGACCAAACUGGUUCAAGUACGCUCACAUGGACUAA